GGUUUAAAAAUAUUUAAAUACGUAUGCAAAUAUCAACAUGGUUUUUUUUUCCACCUUUUUCCGUAUGCUAGAAGAACCACUUCGGGCCCGAAGAGAAGCGGCACUACCGGCGCCACGGUCUCAAUCGAAGAGCAGGGCGCCCGCGCUUCAUUAAGUGGGCGGCUACGGCAGUCUUCGUGCAUCAACUCCCUGCCCUAGAACUCUAUCAAAUGCAAAUAUGUCGGGGUCUGGAUGACGAGUCCAGAAGUUUGUCAUGCAGAUUUCAGAUGCCCCGCGGGGUCUGGAAUGCAGGAUCCAGCAUGCAUGAUCACAGGUUUGUUCGCAACGGCUUUGCAAUGCGUAUUCCGCAUGUGAAAUGUAGUCUUAGCACGGCCAAAAGAGGGCAUCUUGUGCUACUCGCGCAAGACAAAUUUUUGUGUGACGUACAGCAUGCAUCACAAGUCGCACCCUGCCAGGAGAACCAGACAUAUUUGCAUUUGAUAAACCCCGUGCGUCAGUCUAUGUUGUCUCGUGGACCGCUUGUGAGCGCUGCUGUCUUAUCAAGUACAAAAAUGUCUGGGUCUGGAAGAUUGCCAGGUUUGUCAUGCGUAUUUUGCAUGUUGGCCCACGAUGCCUGUAAUGCAUGACCUAGCGUCACAGAUUUUGCGAAUGCUUUCUGAUGCGUAUUCCGCAUGCGAAAUGUCUCUCCGUGUAGCACAAACUGGACUCCUUUUGCUGGUCUGCCACUCUAACGGUGCCUCACAUCGGGUCCGACCCCCGUUAGAGCUUGACCCUAUCCCCCCGAGGUCAUGCCCAGAGGCAUUGGUCGUAAAGGGGGUACAGUGGUUGAGGGGUAAAAAAGGUCAUGCAAUACAAAUUUUUUUGGAAUCCGAAGACAGCUUCACAAGUUGCAAAAAUCUUCCAGACCCAGACAUAUUUGCAAUGCAUAUGUCCUCCUCGCUGCAGCUGGAACGGCAGAGGUUGCAGCUCAGACGGAGUAUCAAAAGGAAAAGUCCCCCCUCCCCAUAUCGAAACGAAAUUUCUGAUGCUGGAUUUGGAUACACAAAUCAGCUUUGUGUUGCAGUAGAGGACUGCACGCAGAUCCGGAGCCGAGGUGCGGGCCUUUUGGUGUAGGCGCCUAGCAUGGUAGACGGCUGGGCCCCUGUAGGCGUCACAGCAUUACAAAUCGCCUGCACGACGUAGCGGACGGCCUGCGUGUGUCUGCUUGCAAGACAGACCCGAUUUGUGGCCACAAAUCUGCAUCACAAAUUUCCAGGAGGAUGCGCUUCCAAUAUGGGGAGGGGGGAUUUUUCCUUGCAAUACGGAGGAGCUCUUUGUUUGGGAAUAUUUUGGUAAUGUCUCGGCGCGGCCAACCGACGUGGUGUUGCAGAAAUGCCGGCACAUAGUUAUGCAUUGCAAAUAUCCCUGGAUGUCUGGAAGGUUGCAACUUGUGAUGCUGUCCCUGCAUUUUAAAAAAAUCUGCAUUGCAUGACCAGCAAGAGGAGUCCACUUUGUGCUACUUGGAGACGGCAUUUCUCAUGCGGAAUAGGCAUCAGGAGGCCCUCUAAGAGUCUGUGAUGCAGAUGCUAGGUUAUGCAUUACAGGCGUCAGGGGAGGUCAUGUAAAAUUUGCGUGACAAGUCUCGCAAUCUUCCAGACCCAGACAUUUUUGCUGUUGAUAAGAGUCUCGGCAUACGAACAAAACUUUGCCUGCACGAGUGGCACUUAUCCCACGAAAAAACUGUUUCACUGUGAACUUGUGAUGCAUAGAAUGGAGCACACAGCUAUUUGUCUUGCGACACAUGCAAGACAUCGGUUUUUUUAACGUGUUUUCCCUUAGGGAACACGCAUGGCAGGUUUUCUUGGUCAUGUGUAACGAACUUGUAAUGCAAAACUUGCCAGAUCCUUACAGUGAAACACUUUUUUCGUGCGAUAGCACUGGCGCCGCGUGUAAUAAUACUAGCGAGGAGGUGUGGGUCGACGGCGGGGAAACGGAGAUCCAGGAAGAUGUUGUACGGUUUCCGCGGCUGCUGUUCGGCGAUAUUGUCAAUAUGUGCGCUGUUGACCCGGAAUGCCAAGCGAUUGCCGACCCGGGCUGUGAGGGAUUCAACUCCCUCGCGGAUCACAGAACCUGGUAUCCUCAGCAAAUAAAACAAAGCCCGCGCAAUCAUGUCGCCCAAAGUCAAUGAUUUACAUACUUUGAGAACAACCUACUAGCAACACAAGUACAUCAGAAGUUGUUUCAGAGUCACGCAUGUAGUUGACAUCAAGCUCCCCGCGCUUGCAUUUUCGUGCAGUUCAUCGGAAAGGACAUCCGUGGAUCUUCUUCACAAAGCCGUGUCCUCAUCGUGCUCGUGCUCGCUGUCGAUUUACUUUUCCAUCAGUGUAGCUUACAAAUUAUGCCAAAACAGAAACACGGUUGGCAAUGUCUCCUUAACAUGGGGGCGCACGUUAGAAAUGUUUUGGUUGACAAACCAGAAUCUCAACUACGCCCCUUUGCCUCCACGUUUAGGCAAAAGAAACGCCCCAACGUCGACCCCGACGUCCCACCUUCGGCACCGUUUAGGCUUAGGGGUCAGGGUCUAGGGUUUGGGGUUCAGGUCGUCGGACAGGGCAGCCGCCGCCGGCCGGACGGCCGGCGGCGGCUGCCCCGGCCGACUCCGGCUUGCUCAUGGUAGCUGGCGGCCCCCUGGUAUGAAACUUCAACAGAUUUCGCGGCCGGGAGAUGAUGGCGACGGCGCCUCGGUGCCCGCCUGACCUACCCUCCCUGCGUGACAGCCGUCUGCGGCCGUUUGCAAAGGUGGAGGCAAAGUGUUUCGCACUUCUGUUUAGCAUGACAACUCUGGGGCUCGUUAUGUUGGACACAGUGGCCGGGAGAUGAUGGCGAUGGCACUUCGGUGUCCGCCUGAUCCAUCCGCCCGGCGUCUCAAGCCAUCUGUGGCCAUGGUGUAACUAAUGAGGGGCUGCAAGUGGUGCAACCAAGGCGUGGUCCUACAUUUAUUUGUUUAGCAUGAUGACAACUCUGGCCGGGUGGGGACGUUUUUACUCAGGAUACCCGGAUAACUGACGCAAUCAGUGCAGGCGCGAGCGCUAGCGUGAAUGCUUUCGAGGCUGCCAGACACCUGCGGGCCACCCCGCAGCUAGUGCACUUCUACCGGCACCGAAGACCCCCGACUGUGACAGCCCCUAUCGCCGACUUUUGGUUUCCGAGGAAACUGCGGCUGUGUCCAGCCUCAGAGAUGGAAGCUUUGUUCAGCGCAGUUGGAACGGGGCAAAACGAGGCGUGUGGAUGGAAGAAAAAAACGGUAACGCUAAGUCAGGCACAAGCUAUCGUAAGGAGAAAUCCCCCCUAUCCAUAUUAUCGAGACGAAGUUUCUAAUGCAGGAAUUCCGUAUACAACCGCGCGCUGUCUUGCAGUUGUAAGGCAGCGCAGCCAGAUCCCCAGUCUAGGUAGGGGCGUUUGGGUUUACGCCUAGUUGUUUAGCAUUACAAACGGCUGUCCCCUAGGCCCAACAGCAUGCCAAAUCGCUUCCAUAGUGGCAAGGAAGCCUCUGCGCUUGUCUUCUUGGAAGACAGACGGGAUUUGUGGUCUCAAAUCAGCCACGCAAAUUUUCGCGGCCAUACCUUUUCAACAUGGGGAGCGGAGAUUUUUCCUCCCAAUACAAGCCGUGAAUUCGUUUGGGGGAAAGUACGUGUGUGUGGGCUGGUUGGAUGAAGAUGAGUGCAAGGCCAAGGAAUCGUCACUCGGAAGCCGCGUGAAGUGGACUAAUGGCAACAACGAAUUUCUUUCCGGCAUAAACGGCUUGGACAUGAAAGUAGACAAUGAAAACGACUGCAAGUGUGUGCAGAUAUCAAGUGCAAAUAUGUCUGGGCCUGGGAAAAUGCAGGUUUGUCAUGCACGUCCUGGACCGCGUCUGUGGCCUGCAAUCAAAUAGUGCGCACAAAAGCAGCACAAGUCAUCUUUCGCAUGCUUUCUAGAAAUGCCUCCUAUCCCGCAUGUUUCUCGUCACAAGAAGUGGGCGACUAUCGGUGCGCAUGCAACACAGAUUUUUGUGUCCUCCUGAAUUUGCAUCACAACUUCACAUGUUUCCAGAGGAGCCAGACAUAUUUGCAAUCGAUAGCAGAAGCUGACGUACGAUCCAAUGGAGUAUUCCUGGGACCUUGUCGGCCUAUCAUACGUAAAAACGUCUGCACGCCAUAGUCAAGUUGGCAAAUCUGCAUAGACAAAUCAACAAGUUUUGUGAGUUUAUGCAUGACAAGAUUCCAUCUCUCUGUAGUGUACUAGUGCUGUUUGGCAAGUCCAGCCGCAUUACAAAGACGCCUGCUUUUUAUCCUGAUGUUUUCAGAGUUCUAUGAUCUUCCUAGAACGCGACUACAAAUCCCCCUCGUGCGGAUGUGCAUUUACCAGGUCUUUCUGUAGAUGCAAAUGAUCUGCAUGAGAACUACGGGGUCGUGGGGACGUUUUUGCAUAGGAUACGGCCUCGAGGAAAAUUAUGACCCAGCUGUUAUUGAUGCCGAUUGGUGUCAGACGCGGCAGCUCGACCAUUCCAAUUCCACCUUGAGUCACGGAGUGCAGCAGUUUCUUGCUAUCAGCCCCUCGGACGCAGCGUCACUCACCGCCUUGAAGUAUGAGAAGUCGAGCUACGAGAACAUCAACAACUUAGUCAAGGUCAUUAGGAGUGAACAGUUUGAAGGGAGCUACGGCGUGACCCCUUCCCCGGCGGAAGACAUCAAGGCUAAACUUGAGCCAUCAGGAGCUUACUCGGAAUAUUUGUGCGUGAUGCGUGUGCCCAAACCCACAAUAGACGGGGCGGCAGACCUUCUUACCGAUCUCGCAGUGGGGGCGGGGUUAGUCCCGCCUUCAGGGGAUGCACUCCCCAAACAAAAGUCCUACGCGUGUGUGACCCCAAAAACCAACGGCACCGAAACAGACCCGGCGGUAUUUUAUGGUUGGUGCUUGGAGGAAUCCAUCAAGUCCGACUACCCCAGUAUCUUCUUCACGAAGGGGCACAAUGCGAAUUUCGAGAGUAGCGGUCGCCUCGUUGGCGGUGGUGAUACGCAGACUUGCAUGUGCUUGCAGAAAUUACCGAUCGCGGUCGAGGAACACGCCUGGGUGCCGUACGGAGUCAAUUUUGGAGAUGCGGGCGAAAGUGAUUCGACCUACACUGACGACUGGUGUCGGGAGCAGCAGCGCCAGAAUCAAACGUUCGUUUUUGCCAAUGGAGGCACGGUAACGUCAAAUAAUGACCUUUCCAACUUCAAACGGGAAGACAGGACACCGAUCAGUGCGGAUUAUCAACUGCAAAUAUGUCUGGGUCUGGAGAUUUUUGCAAGUUUGUCAUGCAUAUUUUGGAUCACGCAGCUGCUCUGAAAUGCGCGCAAGAACAUUUCAAGUUUUGUUCAGGUCUCCUGCAGAUGCCUAUUCUGCAUGAGAAACUUGCUAUUUGCAUAGCGAAAGCGCUUUUAGAUAGUACUCAAUUUGGAUUCUUCCAGACCCAGACUUUUUUACUUUUAAAUUUUCUAGUCGUUCUCUUCCCUGUGCUGUACAACGGUCUUGUUUCCAGACAAAACACCAGACAUAUUUGCAUUUGAUACAGCUGUGCCGGAUGACAAAAAGGACACAUUGUUGAACUGCCUCAAACGGAAGGACAUGAUGUUGUACGCUGGGCAAUCUGGGUUGCUGGGCUGUUACUUUCCCCACGACGAUAGGAUGUCUCAGACGGUGAAGAGAAGCAAUGCGACAGAAAAGUACUCGCUCACGAAUCUAAAAGACGAACUAAACCUGUGCUUAGGCGACGACAGAUGCUGUUACGUGCGCGUUGUAGUUCUCGGCGAUUCGGAGGACUAUUUGUAUGAGCGGCGCGGUUAUCCGAAGGACGAGUGGGAGCAACUCAGCUUUGCACGCUGCAUGGUCAACAAAAAUGUGAAUGGGCUGGAUUACAUGCGUCACUUCUACUCCUACAGAGACGUAUCCAAGAAAAAAACUGCGUUCGUGUAACUUUCUUGAAGGAACAGCAUGACAAGUUUGCACUGCAUGACACAGUAGAAACCCUGUCAUGCGUAGCUAGUAUCAGUGAAAACACGUACGAAAAGAGCCUCUGGCGCAUGUCCAGCAUGACAGGUGUAAAUGGCUUGCAUCGUCUCCUGCAACACAAAUUUACACUUACGCAGUUUUUUUCUUGGAUAAGACGUCAGCGACAUGUACACCGACUGCGUGGAAGUGACAGGGUUCGACGAAGGACCCGAUACCGACGUGCUAUCGAGUGAAGCCGGGAGCCUUAUUGUGAGGAAAAAUCCCCCCUCCCCAUACUGAAAGCGCAUCCUUCUGAAAAUUGCAAUUUGUGAUGCAGCAGAUUGGGGCAGGUGGCCACAAAUUCAUAUCCGGUCUGUCAUGCAAGAAGACAAAGGCAGAGAGUCCGCCGCGUCAUUCAGGCGAUUUGCAAUGCUGCAAGGCCUACAGGACAGACGUCUGCCAUGCUAGGCGCCUACACCAAAAGGCCCCUGCCCACCCUUGAGAUCUGCGCGCGGUCCUUUACUGCGAGACAAGUUCGCUGCGUGUACACACGUGCCGCGUCACAGAUCUCCACUUUGGUAUGGGGAGAGUGGAUUUUUCAUUUUGAUAUGCCUCGGAGACUGCUACAGGAACUGCGCCUACGAGGAGGGCUGCGUCGGCUUCACUUACCGACUGGAAAAUGCAGGAGAGUUUCCGUGCAAACUCAAGAAGACUCUUGACAAAAUAUGACAGCGCACAAUCCCCCUCUCCCUCCUCCCCCUCAUUUGUAUAGCAAGAACAGCAAUACAAACACCACCACACAUGGAGCCUAUGAAUGACAAAUUUGUGUACCUAAUGUUUUACCGUUUAGGCUUUCGGAAUUAAUAUUUACAUUGCUUGACUUCCGGGUUCUGGUAACGCAUACCCCCGGCGACAGGUGACCUUGACAGGCGACCUUGACAGGCGACCUCGACAGGUGACCUCGACAGGUGACCUCGACAGGUUACCUCGACGGGUGACCCUGACAGGUGACCUUGAGAGGUGACCGCGACGGGUGAACGCCCUGCCUUCCCCCACUAGUGCUUCGCGCACUAAGCCACUAUGCGCGCGCCUGGUGUGAGGCGAGGGGCGGACGCUGUCCGCCCCGAUGCCGAACACCCUUCCCCCACUAGUGCUUCGCGCACUGAGCCACCACGUGCGCGCCUGGUGUGAGGCGAGGGGCGGACGCUGUCAGCCCCGAUGACGAACACCCUUCCCCCACUAGCGCCACUAGGGACGGGCACAAGGCCCCAGCGUGGGGACCCUGUCCCCACGCUCGGGUGGGCCUUGUUUGUCAUACAACAAGCAGUGCUACAAGGCAGCGACUAAAUUUGGGAUUUUGCAUUACAAAUGAGGGGGAGGGGGGGUUUGCACUGUCAUACAAAACCGCUGUCGCCGAUGUUGGUGUUGCUCCGACGUUGUACUAUGCUAUCACAUUGAAAAGUGCCCCCACCCCAGACGUUUCAAACGUUUUUGUUGCAAGGAUUGCAAAUGAAAACUUUUUGAUUCUGUCUUCCAGGUUUGGAGGAAGACUAUCCCUGCUUCCAAUUCCAAGUCGGCAAAGCAGCUUUUGCCUUACAAGCCUCACCUGUGCUGAGUCUUUUUGCAACACAGAUUUUUGCUUUCCUGUCGUGAAAAUUUGUCACGCCGAUACAUGGAAAGUGGCAAAUGCCUCCGGCGUUGGGAGCUUUGCAAGACAAACAUUUCCAUACUCUGGGGUGGGGGCACUUUUCAUUGCAAUAUACGCCGAGUACGCUUCGGUGCGGAUGACAAGCGAAUGUCGUGCGCAGUAUCAAGAAGAAGAAAAAUCACCACUUCUCAUAUCAAAACGGAAGUCUGUGAUACAGAGUUGUGGUCCCAAAUCAGCUUUGUCUUGCGGAAACGAACCGGAGGCGCAUGCUGGGCCUGUUUAGGUUUCUACUAGUCUAGCUCUUCAGCAUGAUAGACGCUGCUGUCGUAGGCUAAACCGCAUUACAGAUGGCAGAGGCAUUUGCGUACACAAAUCAGCAGCACAAAUUUCCUUGUGGUACAUUUUCGAUAUGGAGAAGGGGCUUUUUUCAAGUUUAUACGCAGGUGAAGGCCCCUUGGGGAGUGCUCGCGACGCUGCAUUACCUGGAAAACUAUGAACUUCACCUAAACCCGAACUAUGAAAUGUAAAAAUGUCUGGGUCUGGAAACUUGUGAUGCUGGUCGGCGUAUCAUGGAGAGGCCACAAGUGCUGGCUCAGCAUGACAAGGUUUUGAGCCUCUAGGUGUUGCCUAUUCUGCAUGACAAGCUGCGUUUCUGCAUGACAGCAGAGUGGGGCUCUUGCGUAACGUGCAUGACAGAUUCAAGAGUCAUGCCAGACAAGCAUGACAAACAUGCACUCUUCCAGACCCAGACAUGUUUGCAUUUGAUACGAACUACGAAUGCGCAACAGCAGUGGGGGCAAAACUUGAAGGCGGCCUGAACUUUAAAGCACAGGAUCGCAUCGAUGGCAACGGGUACCACAGGGACGUGACCAACAUUUUGGAUUGUUACAUGUGGUGCGCACGGGAAGCUGGCAGUGCGGGCGUGGAAAAGUAUCAAAAUGAAAAAACUUCCCCCCUCCCCGUAUCAAAUUGGAAAUCUGUGAUCAUCAUGCGGGAUGUGUUUACACAAAUCAACUUUGUGCUGCAGUAGAGGACUGCAGGCAGAUACAAAGCUUGCGCAGGGCCUUUUAUUUGGUGUAACUGCCUUGCAUGGCAGAGGCAGUCUUGUCCUCUGCGCGCCAUACAGCAUUACAAAUUGCGUGCAAAAGGCGGCGGAGUCUCUGGCUUUGCCUUCUUGCAAUACAGAGACGAUCUGUGGCCACAAUUCAGCGUUGCAAAUCUUCAAUAGUGCUUCCUUUCAGUAUCUAUGGGGAGGGGGGAUCUUUCCUCUCAAUAAAAAGUGCGACGGAUUUACGUUUGACGGUGCUGGCGAGAGCUCUGCUGGAUCUGCCAGACGCUGCCAGCCAAUAUGAAAGUGCACGACUCUCGCACACUCGCCGCUUUUGAAUGGCAUCCGCAGAAAAAGUAAGAGGCAGUGGCAGAAAUGUGGCUUCCGCAUGACAUCAAACCGUCGCACAAGUUGUAUCACUGGUUGAGGUUGUACUUGUUCCGAAAUUUGUCAUGCGGAUAGUGCUGAAAGGCAACAUGUGGAUUCGGUACUUUGCGCCACCAAUGAAGGGGAGUAGGAGUGGUCGUUCAAUCUCAUAGCAAAAGAGGUGCCUACACAAGAUGUGUGAUACUGCUGGCGGAAAUGGGAAAGUGUCGUACGCAGACGGGACGGAGCUUAUGCAUUGCAGAGAUGUCUUUGUCUGUGCCCGGAAAGUAGGUGCAAACUUAUGAUGCGGAUGCUGAAAAAGGCAAGAAUUUGUGUUGCACACCAGCAAGCAAAACGUGUGCGAUUUUUGUGUCCAGGCGGGGAGGAUCGACUUUUCGUUCUUUUGCGGCCUCCGACUCGGUAUGGAAUUAUCAACGCUUUUGUAUAAUUUCUCAUGCUCUGUGAUGUGCAUUUCAAACCACGUACUUCUACUGCUGUUGUUCUCUUCCAGACCCAGACAUUAUCUUUGCAUUUGAUAGAACUCACUGCUGUGCUAUUGGUGGAUGCAGACGGCGAUGCUGAUGCCUCCACGUCUUGCCGAACGUCUCUCCUCGCGAGCGCGGGAGACAUUUAUGCAUUGCAAAUCAGAAGUCCGGGUCUGGAUCUGGAAGAGUUGGAACUUGUAAAAAUGCGGAUUCUGGAAGAGGCAAAAAUUUGUACUGCAUAAGCACCAAAAGGAGCUUCCCAAUUGUUCUUGCUACGUCGCCAAUAGGGCAUCAUUUCUGAUGCGGGAUAGACAUCAGGAGGCCUCCUGCGCAAAACCUGUAAUGCGUUUGCGUGCAUUAGAGACCAGACCAGUUGCUCGAUCCAAAAGAUGCAUGACGAAUUCCUGCAACCCUCUUCCAAACCCGGAUGUAUUUGCAUUUGAUAAGAUUUCCACCACAACAACCACAACAACGUCGCCGCUGAUCCAGUUUGCCGAGACGUUUAUUCUGUGUAAAAACGUCCCCACAGCAUAGUCAUCAAGUAAGUUGGGAGCCCUGCAAGACGAAUUCAGAAGUUUUGGAAGUCAAGCAUGACAAGUUUUUCAUCUCUUUACUUAUUGUAGUGCAGCUUCGCUUAGGUCGCAAGACAUAAUCACGAAGCCAGCUCCUUAUCCUGUUUACAGCAUUACAAAUUCCAAAACGUGAUGGAGUAUGCCUCACAUGGGAAUGCGCAUUACAUACAAGGGUGGGUGCCUGUAAUUGCAAAUCUGCAGGACAACUCUGGGGUGUGGGCCCCGCUUUUGCUCAGAAUAACGUUUUUGAAGUCCUCAUGUCGAAACCCACUCGGCCCCUCCCGUCCGCCAAUGCCGGAUACUCUUGGGUACACAGAGCAGCGGCUACCAGCGAAGUGGAAUUUCAAGCAGGUAGCGUGCGGUGGCUACGUGGCGUCGAAGUUUCCGCUUGACGGACAAAAAAAGACUGUUGGUAGGACUUUGGUCGAUCUGUCCGACGUGCCCAUUGGUUCCUCGUUGCUGUCCGCAGACAAGUAUCCUGUGUAAAAACGUUCCCACCCCAUAGUUGUCGCGCAAAUAAUUUCCAUAUUCAGGAACGUUUGUCAUGCGCAUCCCCACAAGACGCAUUUUAGUCGUGUUUUGGCAUUUGUAAUGCUGUAAACAGGAUAAGAAACCGUACGGAUUUAUUACGAGGCGGCAUUCCUUGCUAACCUGCACUACAACAAAGAAGAAAACUUUCCAUGCGUGACUUCCAAAACUUCUAGCUUUGUGUUGCAAAGUUUCCACGUUGUCCUUGCCUCUGGGGUGGGGACGUUUUUCCUCAGGAUAAAGAGAACAACGUAACCAUGUCCACGCGACUGCCGACCAUGCGCAGCCUGUUCGAAGUUUGUGCCAAAGGCUGCUCCCACCCCACAGGGCUGACGCGGGGAAUGGAGAUACUGAAGGUGAACGAGCGCGAUGCUACGACCAAUGUUGACGCAAAAAAGUACCAAUGUGCUUGCUAUCAUGCAGCUGGGCAAUUGAACAACCGGAUCGCUGCAUUGGACAGUAUCGAGAAGAUGGACGCCUCGGGUGCACUUGCUGCGGGCACAAAUUGCAUAGAUCCGACGCAGGGAGAGCGUGUAGACAUCACACCGAGCGACGGCACCUCUGCUUCUAGUGCCAUCACCGACCUGGCAACAGUCACUGACGGGACAAACGAUGUCGCGUUUCAGGUUGGCAAUUACCAGAAACCCGGCAAGAAAGAUGAUAGUUCGAACGCGUGCGCAGAUACUGAUGACAAAAAGGAACUUGGCCAGUAUUGCAAGGAAAAAUCCCCCUCCCCAUAUUGAAAACAUGUCCUCCCGAAAAUUUGUGACGCAGAUUUGUGACCACAAAUCCUCUCUGUCUUGCCAGAAGGCAAAUCCAGAGAGCCCGCAAGCGGUUUGUAAUGCUGUAAGGCCAACAGGGCAGAAGUCUGCCAUGCUACGCCCCUACACCAAAAGGCCCAUCCUUAGGCUCGCGAUCUGCGUGCGGAUCUUUCCUGGAACACAAAUUUGAUUUGUGUACACAAAUCCCGCAUAACAGAUUUCCGUUUUGAUAUGUGGCGGGGGCUUUUUUCACCUUGAUAGCCAGACGUGCCCGUUUAUCCAAAUCGACCUCGGCGCAUCAGUAUCAGAAGGAAAAAUCUCCCCUCUCCAUAUCGAGACGAAGUUUCUGAUGCUGGAUUUCUGUACAUAAAUGCGCGCUGUCUUGCAAUACGGCAUCGCAGCCGGAUCCUCAGCCUAGUUAGGGGCGUUUGGGUCUAGGUGUUUAGCAUUACAACGGCUGCCCCCUAGGCCCAGAAGCAUGCUAAACCGCUUCCACAAUGGCGCGGAAGCCUCUGCACUUGUCUUCUUGCAAGACAGUCUCAAAUCACCAAUACAAAUUUCCGGCGACAUACCUUUUCGAUAUGGGGUGGGAGAAUUUUUUCUGUCAAUAAUCAGACAAGUUUGUUUCGACAGUAACUAUAUCAAGUUCAAAUAUGUCUGGCUCUCGAGUGUUGUGACGCAUGUGAGUGAAUAAUGAUCGCGCUGUAAUGCGCCGCCAAGCAUGACAAAUUUUUUCGUAGAUCUGUGUUGUGUAUUCCGCGUCAGAAGUUGCGUCUUGCAUGACAGAAAAGAAGAUCACUUUGGGGCCUCACAAUACACAGUUCCGAGGCAUACCAGACUAGAAUGACAAAUCUCGCAAUCUUCCAGACCCAGACAGCUUUGCACAUGAUAAACUAUCAGAGUCGCCUACACGCCACAGGACGUGCGCAAGAUGUUUUUUACGUACCCCAAGCCUGUUGAUGAGACCUGUACGGGCGCGGGGAAUGCCAAUGAGAUUGGAGACACUGCUUAUGCAUUGCAUAUAUGUAUGCGUCUGGAAUGGUUGACUUUGUUGUAAUACAUGUCUUGCAUUCUUGGAAAAUCUGUGUUGCAUGGGCAGCAAGUGAGCAGCUUUCCUUGUCAUGCAAAAACGCAAUUUCUGCUGCGUGUUGCGUACCAGAAACCGUGGCGAAAGCUUGUCAUGCUUGGCUGCCAUUGCAAGCGUUGCAAUCAUGCGCAAUUCAUAAUUACAAGCUUUCCAAACCCAGACAUAUUCGCACUGGAUACUGCUUCUACGGAAAACACAUGGGGAAACGGCGAAGAGGACGGCGAUCCGGAUAUACCGUGUAAAAGCGUCCCUACCCCAGAGUUGUCAGUUUCUCUUUUAUUCCCAACAAAGUUUGAAACUUCUCUGUGCUUUCAUUUGGUCUCUUCCUUCCAAUACAUAAAACACUCCAGAGUUAUCAUGCAGAUUUGCAAUGACGAGAACAUUUGUACCGCGCAUCCCAAUGAUAGGCAUUUCCAAUGGUGCUUUGGGAUUCGGAAUGCGGUAAACAGGAAACAAGGCAGCUGGAUUCGUCAUGCGGCUGUCCUUACUAACCUGCACUAAAAUCGGCACUGCAACUCGUCCUGCGCUACUCCCAAAACUUCUAGCCUUGUGUUGCAAACACCGCAUCUUGACUGAUUCCGGAAUGGGGACGCUUCUACUCAGCAUACCGAACCGCGAUGCGGGGUUUCGGGUUCUUUUGACUUCUGUCGAACGCAGCACAGACUGCUCUUCAUCGUCUGGCGGUAAGUGUUACGCGUCUAGUGUGGGUGAUAGUUGUCCCGUGCCUGCUGAAGAUACAAUUUGCGAGCACGUGAAAGCCGAGGAAAACUUGAAGGGCCUGUCUCGGUUUGUUAAUGGUCCAUCAGAUGAGUAUUACGAGGCCAGCAUCGACUGCCGAGGUAAGAAGGGGCAGUACGUGAUUUUAGAGCUUCCCGGCUCCCCGAGCGGCCAGGUGACUCGAGCGCUCGCUGUGACCGAGAUCAGGGUGAUGAGCUACCCGUACGCAUCGACGCAAUCUCUGUCUUAUUUCUUUGAAGCCACUCCCUCCACCGAGAUGGAAGACAUCACUCCAGACGAGACAGGAGUCACGGCCUCGACCGUAUCCCAAAGAAAAGCACACCCAUAGUACUCGAAAAAAUGAUGCUAGUGGACAAAGUAAUUUGAUAUGUACAAACGAGUUUUGUUCUGUACAUUAAACUCCAAGUAGUGCUCAUUUUGAUUUCUGUUUAAUUUUUGAUUUUGAGGCACGAAUAGUAUAGCAGCACAAAUCUAUGAUAUUUUUUUUUCUGGUAGCGACGUUCUGGUGGCAAGACCGACGGUCUGACCUUUGCACAGCACAGAGAAAGGACCGACAUAUUAAAAUUGAAAAACCCCUAUAAUGGCAUGCGAAUUGGGGAGAGACUUUCUUCUUUGCUUGGGUGUACUUUUCUGUAGGAUGCAGCGAAGCAAAUGGUCAGUGCACGGCCUCCAAGCUCUUGAAUGUAACGUCUGACGGCUACGUGGAAACUUCUACGUUCGCAGACACAGGUCGCACUCUGCGGUGCCCCUGGUUCCAGCUUGACUUGGUAUCACAUGCAAAUAUGUCCGGGUCUGGACGACUGCUGACUGUGUCAUGCAGCGACUAGCAUGUUGACAGAUCCUGUGAGGCCUUUAACUUUACGAUACUUUAUCCUGCAUGAGAAACUUCCUCUUAGUUUGAUCAAAAGUCGUGGGCAACUUCUGGUAGUCACGCAAGACAGAUUUUUGUGCGACCGACAGGACGCAUCACAAGAAUCCUAGAAUUUUCCACAACUACACCCACACAUAGUUGCAACGCAUACUUGGGUGAAGGAGGCCAGUACGUCUCGAAGGUCGACAUCACGGCGUAUUGUGCGGAAAAAUCCUCCCUCCCCGUACAUAAAAGGAAAACUUGUGAUGUAGAUUUGUGGUCACAAGUCACUUCCUCCUUGCAAGAAAAAGAAUGCAAGCGCCGACGCGAAAGUGUGCGCCGCAUUAUGGAGGCGAUUCGCGACGCUGUUGAGCCUACAGGUUAGGCUUUCCCCAUGCUACACAGCUAGGCAAUUACGCCCCUAGAGAGGCUGAGAGUCUGGCUGCAGUUCCUUACAGCAGGAGAAACCUUUAUUUGUGUACGCAGUCGCAGAUCCAGCAUCAGAGACAUUUUUCUUUCCAUAUGGGGAGGGGGAUUUUUCAUUUUCAUACGGCGGAGCUGCGAGCUGAGGCCGGUGCCGCAAAUGUAAACAGCGAUAUCUUGCGCGAACUUUUUUUUGUAUAUGACUCACCUCCGACAUCCAACAACGACUUGGCCGACAACGAAAUAUCCUACAGAAAAGAAAGGCAUCCGAGCAAAAAAAAUUUGUUGAAUUCGUGUUGCUAUGUUCGUUUUCGUGACACUAAAAACUCUGUAUUUCAGAGACCACAAGAAAGGACUUCUGGAGGUUAGACGGAUCGAGGUCGUGCCACACAUGUUUGCCAUGCUGAACAUCCAAAGAAGGUUUGCUUGUGGAACCAAAAACGAAAGCGUCGCGACUGCAUUUUCUCCGGUUGUGCGGCUGUUGUACUUUUCUGUGCGAUACGAUGCUACGGAUAGUAGUGUCGCCGUCAAGCCUCAAAGUUCGCCGGGGUAUCUUGAGGAAGAAUCCUCCCUCACCAUACUCAAAGUGGAAAUUUGUGAUGCUGGUUCGUCGCCACAAAUCGGCUUCACCUAUUCUAUGCGGCAAAUGGAAUCCGUCUGGCGUACUCUACAGCCAAUCGGUGAUGCGAUUUUGCCUACCGGAUCAAAGACUUCUGCCAUGCAUACUUGCUAGAAGCCCUGUGCAUACCCAAACACGUUUGGAUCAUUCUUCGAAGUUCAAGAUCAAGCUCUCGCCGCAAUACAAUUUCGAUUUGUGUACACAAAUCCAGCAACAGGGAUUGUCUUUUGAAUAUGGGACGGGGGUUUCGUUCACUUUGAUACGGGGCUUCGAGUCUAUGUAAGCAACGCGGGGCGAACACAGCUUUGCAAAGACACCGGCGCAGGCUUCUGCGAGUAUCCUCAAAAAAACCGUCCCCCCCCUCGUCGUUUUGUUCUCUUUUUGAUUUUGUGAAGAAAGACAUUGAAUUUUCUCUUUGCUUUAAUUUGGUCUUUUGCGGACAUUCUUGCUGCUUGGUCACGGUGUUCGAUUGGGUAGAUGUUCCCACGACUUGUAUUUGGGUGUAUGAGUCGGCGUGCUCUAAUCAGCAUGGGUUGUCAUCCGCAUGGGUCUGACGAGUUGUCAUGCUCUAAUCAGAAUAAGGUGGACAUGAUUUUCUUAUGCGGCUUUGAUAGUCGAGCACGGCUACAUUACAGCGCGUCUAAAGUUAUCGUACGGAGUUCGCGAUGUGAAGCUUCUGGAUUUAUUCUUGUCUAACAGAUUUCCCAUCUCGGCCUUGGGGUGGGGACGUUUUUAUGCAGGACAGCACCGGAGACUCGAUCACCACAACGGACAAGGAGAAAGAGUGCAAUGCCAUCACCAGCGGCACAUUGUUAUCGUAAGGAAAAAUCCCCCCUCCCCAUAUCAAAGUGGAAAUCUGUGAUGCGGGACUUGUGUACACAAAUCGGGUUUGUCUUGCAGUAGGGGACUGCAGGCAGAUACACGGCCGGAGCAGUGGCGUUUUGGUGUAGGCGCCUAGCAAGGCAGGCGUGUCCUCUGUAGGGGGCCACACAGCAUUACAAAUUGCCUGCAAAACGCGGCGGAGUCUCUGCAUUUGCCUUCCAGCAAUGGGGAGGCGAUCUGUGGCCGCAAAUCAGCAUCACAACUUUUCGCCAGUAUCCUUUUUUGGUAUGGGGAGGGGGGAUUUUUCCUCUCAACAAUUGUGUGAAACGCUCGUCUACGACGCAGGGGCGGGUGUGAAUCGGUUCAGAUAUCACGAAGACACAGCGGAGGAUGCAGUAGGACAAUAUGGGACCGCGACGAUUGACUGUCGUGCAGAUGCUUCGGAUAUCAAAAUGAAAAAUCCCCCCUCCCCAUAUCGAAAUGGAAAUCUGUGAUGCAGGAUUGGUGUACACAAAUCGGGUUUGUCUUGCGGUAGAGGACUGCAGACAGAUACAAAGCCCGGAAAGGGGUGGCCUGGGGUAGGCACUUAGCAUGGCAGACGUCUGCCCUAGUAGCGUAGCAGCGUUACAAAUCGCCUGCGACACCCAGCGGAAGCCCUGGCUUUGCUCUCUUGCAAGACAGACCCGAUCUGUGACCAGUGGCCACAGAUCGAGUCUGUCUUGCAAGAGAGCAAAGCAGCAUCACAAAUUUUGAAAAGCACGCCUUUGCCAUAUGGGAAGGGGGGAUUUUUCCUCACAAUAUGGGACCAGCAAAGCGGGCCGAUACACGGGAGGUACGUAAUAAUCGAUCUUCCGGACGCAAGCCAAACUCAAAAGCGGAAACUAACCCUCCACGGUGUGAGAGUUUUUGGCUCGGGCACCACCACCACAACGACGACCACUGCCACGUACGACCUUUCGCACUUAGUGCUUGGAUAUGAAAUGCAAAAAUGUCUGGGUCUGGAAGAGUGUGAACUUGUCAUGCAGGUUUUCCAUGACCCUUGAGGUCUGGAAUGCGGGACCUAGCAUGACAGAGUCUGUGAGGUCUCUUUCAUGCCUCUCCUGCGUGAGAAACUCCCUCCCAACUUGGUCGAAAGUGGACAGCUUUUGGCACUCAUGCAACACAGGUUUUUGCAUGAUUCGGAUUUAGCAUGACAAGUUGCAAUCUUCCACACCCAGACAUUUUUGCAAUCCAUAUUGGAGUUUCCGUUUCGACGAAUUCCACCGCAUUUCCGACCGAGCAAAUAAUGGAUUCCAAACUGAACACUUUCGGCGAAACAGGCGACGAGACGAGUGCUACCAGAUGUCCCUGGAUUCAAGCUGAUCUUGGCGAGUAUUCUAGGUAAAAGUGACCCAAAUUUUCCAUAUAGUCAAGAUAGGUAAUUUGCUACACAAAUUAUCCAUAAGUUUGGAGCAUUGCGCAUGACAAAGUCGGGCUCGUAGUGCACUCCGGUUUGGCGAGUGCAACCGCGUCACGAAUCAACUACCUUGUCCUGAUUCAUCGAGCAUGACAAAUCCGAAAAGAGCAGAUGAAAAAACCGCUCUUCAUGAUGUGGCUCCUGCACAUAAGACCACACAACAUUUUAUUUUAGGCGUGCAGAGUUGCAUGACAACUCUGGGGUAGUCGUGGGGACGUUUUUACACAGGAUACAGAGUCAAAGGUCGUUACAAAGGUGGUUGUCACCCUUCCCUUCGGUCCCAGCUUUCAGAGAGCGCGACGGGUUUUUUUCAACGGAACUGAUUUGAAUAACGUCACAGAUGUAACAGCAAUGUCAGUAUUGUGGGGAAAAAUCCCCCCUCCCCAUAUUGAAAAGGCAAACUUCGAAAAAUUUGCGUUGCUGAUUUGUGGCCACAAAUCACAUCUGUCUUGCAAGAAGACAAGGGCAGAUGAAGCUUCCGCCCAAUUGUGGAAGCUAUCUGUCAUCCUGUUUGGCCUAAAGGCGGGCAGCCGUUGGCAAUGCUGAACAACUAGACCCAAACGCCUCUACCUAGGCUGGGGAUCUGGCCGCAAUGCCUUCCUGCAAUACAAAGCUGAUUCGUCGUGGUCACAAAUCAGCAGCACAAAUCUCCUUUUCGAUGUGGGGAGGGAAGAUGUUUCCUUACAAUAAUUUGGUGAAGUGGAGAGCGGAGGACUACGCGUUGUGGUGACAAGUCGAGGCCUAUUGUGGGGAAAAAUCCCCCCUCCCCAUAUCGAAACGGUAUGCUUCUGGAAAUUUGUGAUGCUGAUUUGUGACCACAAAUCCAGUCUGUCGUGCAGGAGGGAAAACGCAAGUAGGAGUCUGGAACUUUAUGCAGGCGAUUUGUAAUGCUGUUGCGCUGACAUGACAGGCCUCUGCUAUGCUAAGCACCUAUACCAGAAGACCUUCCGCAGGCUUAGGCUUUGCCUGCAGUACCUCGCUGCAAGACAGACCUGAUUUGUGUACACAAAUCCAGCAACAGAAAUUUCCGUUCCAAUAUGGGGAGGGGGAAUUUUUCACUUUGAUAAGGCCGCACCGCAGCAGAGCUGGGUGCCGCCGACGGUUGCCCCACGGUCGCGCUGGAAGUUUGCGAGACCAUUUCUUACGACAACUAUGGCACGCAAGGCGGCGACGGCCUUGACCGGUUCGCUGAUGAUGCAGAGGGAAAAUUUUUUGCCGAUGCAAAAGCCCUUCAGAACGCAGCUGCCGAAAAUUUCCAAGAGAGGACUUUGACAGUGCUGUGUCCUGGAAAGCAGGGGCAGUACGUGAUCGUGGAGCUCCCCGGGACGGAGGAAAGUCACAGGCGGGUCCUGGCGGUGAGUGACUUGCGCAUUUUCGGAAAUACCGUAACGCAGGCACCUGUGCCGCUUGCAUUUAGCUUGGCGGACGUCGAGACGGCGUGUGCGCAGGAGGGUGCUACCAGAUUUACGGGGAGGUCUUACAGCCUCGGAACCGGGCAGGGGCAAGGUCAAUUUGUCAUUUCUGGGAACUUGAACGAGAUGGAGUGCAUCGGUCUGUGCGCGCGCAACGCAACCUGUGCUGGUUUCGUCUAUGACACGUCCAUUGUUGACGCCGGCAACGACAACUGCGCCGUGCGAUCACUAUCAAAUGCAGAAAUGUCUGGGUCUGGAAGAAUGCAACUUGUGAAGCUGCAUUUGAAUGUCUGAAAAAUUUGUAUUGCAUGAGCAGCAAAAGGAUUCUAGUUUUUGCUACGCGGGGUGGGCAUUUGUCAUGCGGAAAAGGCAUCAAAAAUCCCUCAAAAAACCUGUGCUGCUAGGCCAUGCAUCACAGACAUCAUGGCGUAUGCAAACGGUGCAUGACAAGUCUCAGAAUCUUCCAGACCCGGACACUUUUGCAUUUGACAACCACUACCGCCGAACAAGUUGCAGAGCGGCGACUACGACCUUGAGACGGCGAUAUCAAAUCUAGAAAUGUCUGGGUCUGGAAUCUUGUGAUGCUGGGUGGCGUCUCAUAAUGAGGCCACAAAUGCUGGCUCAGCAUGACAAGUUUCUGAGCUUCUAGGUGUUGCCUAUUCUGCAUGACAAACUGCGUUUCUGAAUCACAGAAAAACAGCGCUCCUGGGUAACGUGCAUGACAGAUUUAAGAGUCAUGCCAGAUAAACAUGCAUUCUUCCAGACCCAGACACUUUUGCACUUGAUAGGCGACUACCAAUGACCAAGUCCUAUACGUGAUGACGGAGGCCUGCCGAAACCUACGCAAAGAAAAAAGUGUUGCAGUUAGUCCACACUGUGUUGCACCACAUGCAAGACAGACAACCUCUGUCAUGUACGAAAUGCUUUAUUUCAGCUUCGUUUCAUGUUCUCCCUUUUAUUUUAUCUCUGCAAUGCAAGUUUUUUCUGUGAUGCAGAGCAAGUUUGUAAUGUAUUGCUGAUGAUCUAACAAAUAUGUCACUGUAACUACACUUUUUUCGUGGGAUAAAGUCGUGCAUUAAGUUACUUCGGGAAGGACGAUCUACAUAACCGAGCUGGUCUAUCCUGAGUAAAAACGGGGCCCGCACCCCAUAGUCAAUGAUUGGGAACUCUGCAACGCAAAUCUAGAAGUUUUGGGAGUCACGCAUCACAUGCUUUGCGCUCUAUUGUGCGGGCACGUUUUUAGAAAGGAUAGUCGCAUCAGAAAACCAUCUUUCUUUAUCCUGUUUACAGCGUUAUACAAAUUCUCAAACAGGAUUGCAAAUGCCUAAAUGUUCCUGUAAUUGCAGAUGUGCAUGACAACUCUGGGGCGGCGGAGACGUUUUUUAUCAGGAUAUGGUCAGGUAGUUGUACAGGCGACAAGUGUGGUAUCCAGGAAAAAAAGUGUGUAAGUGUAACUUUGUAGGAUGAGUAGAAUUACAAAUUCGUUUUGGAUCUACAGAAAAAACCUGUCAUGCGCAGUUAGUAUCUAAUACUAGCUCAGCGAAAACACGUAUGGUCUGAGCCUCUGACGCAGGCACAUCCAGCAUGACAAGCGUGACUGUUUUGCAUCACCCCCAACACAAAGUUUUUUCCUUGCAUAUUGGGGCGGCGCAUCAGCUGAGCUGCUCGACUCGAACUCCGGCACAGCCGCGGCGACUUCUAGCGGUGCCUCCUCCUCCGCUCGCUUAUGCAUUGCAAAGAUGUCUGGGUUGUCAAGAAUGCAAGGUUUGUUGCCAUGCAUGGCUGAGGACACGAGAGAAAUAUUCGACCUGUCACGCCUAGUGAGAUGGAGCACUCUCUCCUUGUGCUUGUCACACAAGAAUAAAUGCAAUUUGAAUGUGUGGGUUAAUUCAGAAAACACAAUAUCUAACAGCCGAGAGACUUGUCGUGCGUGGCUCUGGGCAGGGGGCUUCUUUUUACCAGCAUCCACACAUUACCAAUAGCAUCACAAAUCUUCAGACCCAGAUCGAUAUUUGCUAUCCAUAUUUAUGCGCAUGGUUCCAAAUAGACUUAGGCGAGCCAGUGAUAGUUUCCUCGCUGAAGCUGACCGUUUCUAGCACAUUAGAAGACCUCCGGCGGCUUCUCUUCGACACCAAUUUGGACGCAAGCGCUGCUUGGAACGCGUCGUCGACUCCAGAUAUUACAAAGACACGUGCCCCACACCCGGGAGUUGGAAGUGUUUCUGAUGCAUAAGGUUUUCUAAUGAACAGCAUUUUCUCUAUGCAUGGAAGCACUAUGAGUCUUUCUGAUGGAGAAUCUACCCACGCAAGGCAUCUUUUACGUAACAGGCCCGGCUGGUGUUGAGCUCUUUUGCAACGCAAAUCUUUGCUAUUCAGCAAUCAAAAUUUGUGUUGCUAGCACAUUCAAAACGGCGCAUAUUUCCAAUCGGAAGCUUUGCAAUACAAAUGCUUCCAAGUUCCGGGAUGAGGGUACUUUUCGUCCUGAUACCGGAGAAAGAUGCUAAUAAGAACUUAGGUUUGCGCAUAGCACUGACCAAUACCCCGCGUAUAUGGAAGCAUCAGGAUCGAAAUCGACAAAGUUGAAAAUGAAAAAACUUGUAUAUGCAUAAAGUGCAGAGCACAAAAAGCCUGUAUUAGAGAGCAGACUGCAGGUGAGGCCUAUUGUAAGCGUGUUUAGGGGGGGAAAUAGAGCUGCGAAGGAGCACGACAAAGACAGCCUUCUUUGCCCCAAACAGAAUAACAGAUUAGGUAUGGAUGCUGCCAAAAUUUGUCAUGCGCCGAUCAGAAACUGGGUUCCAACUGGCCGGCAUUUUAUGCAUCAUGACUACAAAUCAUUUCGACAUUGUCAAUUUCGAUCCUGACACUUCCAUCGCGUAACGAUCAGACAGUCAACGACGACACAUACUGCCCCACGCUAGGCUCAGAAUAUCCACUGCAGAUAUAUUCGGGUCUCGAAGCAUGCGCAUGUUUGUCAUGCAUCUUUUGGACCACGCAAAUAGUCUGAAAGUCGAACGCGCGCAAAAUAAGCAUUGGAGGAUUUAUUGCACAGGCUUCUUCAUCAUGCCUGUCUCGCAUGAACAGAAAUUUGCUAUUUGAAUUUGUGUAUAGCAAACAGUAGACAGCGUUUGGCGGUCAUGCAACACAGAUUUUCAUGUGGUCGCGAUUGAGCAUCUCAAAUUCGGUUCUUUCCAGACCCAGGCAGAUUUGCAUUUGAUACAUUAGUCUGCGAAACCAUCAAGACCGGGGAAACUAACCCUACCGAGCGCUUAAGCGGUGGCCGCUUCCCUAAGGUCUCCCCUACCGAGGCCGCCGCAACGGUGAUGUGCGGCCGCAGAAUCGGACGCUACGUGAUCAUUGAGGGUGCUUCUGCGACCGACGACAAGCGGUAUUGUGAGGAAAAAUCCCCCUCCCCAUAGCGAAAAGGUAUGUUUCCAAAAAUUUGUGCUGCUGAUUUGUGGCCACAAAUCAGAUUUGUGUUGCAAGAAGAAAAGCGCAGCGGCUUCCGUGCCAUUGUGGAAGCGAUAUGGCAUGCUGUUGAGCCUAGACAGCACGAGCAGCCGACGUUUGCAAUACUAAACAACUAGACCCAUCAGACGCCACUACCUAGGCUGAGGAUCUGGUGGCCGCAGUGACUUUCUGCAAACAGGGCGCACUUGUGUACGUAAAUCCCGCAACAGCAACUUCGUUUUGAUAUAGAGAGGAGGGAUUUUUCAUUUUGAUGGGAGGGCUUUCAGCAUCAACGACGUAAAAGUGUACGGGGAAACGACAACAACGACCACCCCGGCUCCCUGCAAUUUGGAAGAGUACUGCUUGGCUGAACGUAUCCUGAGGAAAAACGACGCCCACAUCCCAUCGUCAGGAUGUUGGAAAUGAAAUCAGCUAGACAAAUCAACGAGCUUUGGUUGUUGCGCAUGACAGACUUGGGCUCGCAAUGUAGUCCGACCUUUAGCUAGUGCAGUAGCAGCACAGAUCUAGCAUAUGACGCUGAUUUGAGCAUCACAAAAAAUCUAAAAAUACAAUUAGAAAAUGCCUUGCAUGGGUCUCCGCAUGAUGAGAAUGAACAUUGAACAGCAUGGGCCUGCAGAAUUGCAUUACAACUCUGCCGGGGUCUGGGCCCCUUGUUCACCCGGGAUAGCACGAAGCCCAUAUAAAGUUGACUGGGCGAGCAUUUAUGAUGGCUUCGGCACGACGUAUUCCGACAGCUUCUGGUAUCCCGGCUAUGUCUACGAGACGAACGCAGCAGAUAGUGCGGCGAUCGUAUCCACGGAGAGUUUGUACAGUGCCAACAUUGAUAACAGCUUCGAAGCGAAGGAAAGCGCGGACUUCGCAGCUGGGUCUGCCUUCACAUAUAUCAAAAUGAAAAAUCUUCCCACCUCCCCAUAUCUUCAAACGGAAAAUUUGUGAUGCAGAUUUGCGAUCACAAAGCGGCUUUUUCUUGCAGAAACAAGGUGAAGGCGUACUUUGCUGGGCCUGUUUGGGUUCCUAGCGGUCGUCUAGCUCUCUAGCACGAUGGACGUAGCUGCGGUAGGCUAAAUGGCAUUACAGAUAAUUGCCUGCCCAGUACUGCCUUUGGCUCUUGCUCCCCCAGUGUGCAAGACCAAGGCACUUGUGUACACAAAUCAGCACCAGCACAGAUUUUCGUGGUGGUGCUUUUUCAAUAUGGCGUGAGGGGAUUUUCCCGCACAAUAUCAGACGAAGCUUGGAUCUACCCGACGAACGAAGACGCACACCUAUCACCACGAAAAGCGUCAACGCCCCGAAAGUUGCAAAAGUUUCUCAUGCAGAGUUUCCAAAUGAAAACUUCUUCUUUUUGUCGUGCAUGAAAGGCCUAUGAGUCUUUUCAGUGCAGAACCUAGACGACGCAAGGCAUCUGUCGCAUCACAGGCCCGGCAAUUGUUGCUAGGUUCUUUUGCAACACAAAUUUUAGCUCUUCAAUGCUGAUAUUUGCAAGAAGGGAAAUAUUUUCAUUGGGGAGGUUUGCCAAGUUCUGGGGUGAACGCAUUUUUCAUUGUAAUCAAACCGCAAAGAAAUUUUCGGCGGCACAGCCAAGGGCUUUUAUCUCAUUCGUGCUGAAGGGACCGGGGACGAGGAGUACAUAUGAAAUGCAAAUAUGUCUGGGUCUGGAAGAAUGCAAGACUUGUCAUGCAGAUUUUACACGACCCAUGAUGCCUGUAAUGCAUCACCUAGCAUCACAGAUUUUUAGAGGGCUUCCUAAUGCCCGUUCCGCAUGAGAAAUGCCCUCUCCAUGUAGCACAAACUGGGCCCCUUUUGAUGUUGCUGUUCAUGCAAUACAGAUUUUCUUAGAAUGCAGAGACAGCAUCACAAGUUGCAACCUUCCAGAGCCAGACAUAUUUGCAAUGCAUAGCACAAUAAGGAGUGCAAAACUGUCUCUGAGGACUACAACUACCAGCCGGGUCCUGGGGAAGCCAGCAAACUCGAUCCAGCCAAUCCGUACGUGCUCCACGUCGGAUAUACAAGCACUUUCAGCACCCUCUGCAUUCGAUUCGGGCAGUGGACGCACGUAGCGGCGACCGUCAGUAGCAAUGCGGGCAACUCCCCGUAUACGGUCGUGCUGUAUUUAAACGGUGAGGUAUCCACUCCAAAUGUGUCUGGGUCUGCGAAAGAGUGCCACGUUUCUCAUGCUCGGCUAGCAUGACUCUCAUCGAUCUGUCAUGAACGUUACCUAAAAGCGCCUUUUUUCUGUCAUGCAGUUUGUCGUGACUCUGAUUCUGUCAGGCACUCCUGUGAGGUGCUCGUGAUUCUGAUUUUUCUCCAUCCAGCAUCACAAGUUUCAUCUUGUUUCAGACCCAGGUAUACUUGUAGUACUUGACGGGCACGACAUUGGCUUCAAACUGUGCUGUCGUGCAUGUUGCGGAAGAGCGCGACUCUUUCGUCACGCAAGAACGAAAUUUCUCAUGCGCGCCAGAUAAACAUUGCUGUAGAAAAUUUGUAUAAGCUCCUGCUUCUCCUGCUAUUCGUGUCUCUCUGCUCGAAAAUUUCCGAAAUUAACAGUAUGACAACUUUCCAGACCGAGGCAUAUGUGCAUCGCAUAGGGAGAGGUGCAACGAAAUACCAACGUGGUCUUAUCCAGUGCCGAUAUGUCUGGGUCUGGAAGAAAGCAAGGUUCGUCAUGCAUCUCGUGGACCACAAACAUGCUCUGGAAUGCACCCAGCAGCAUCAUGAAUUUUGCACGAGCUCCUUAAUGCCUAAUCUCGGAUGCGAAGUUUACCUUUUCCGUGGCGAGAACUGGGUAAAUUUUGCGGUUCAUGCAACAUAACAGAUAUUUGAUUUGUACGAUUUACAUUUAGUAUGACAAGUUUGGAUCCUUCCAGACGCAGCCAUAUUUGCACUGCAUAGGACACGCCGGUAGUUAUUAGUACCCAGGAGACCAUGUUUCCGGCGGCUCUCGGGCAAAGCAUUGGGGGCGGUUUAUCCUAUGUAAAAACGUCCCCACCCCAGAGUGAAAAAUGGUCAGAACAGCCCCCCGACCCGAGCCUGCGGGACCCCGAGAGCAGAAGGCCUCAGCCCCCACAAUACGCGCCUCGCAGUAGUCUCGAUUGAUAUGUGGCCACAUUAUUUAUAUUUACGUACUUCACCUACGUCAUUCUCUCCUUUUUAACUUCAACAAAGUUCGAAACUUCUCUGUGUCUUAAUUUUGGUCUUUUCCAGUACAUAAAACACCCCAGAGUGAAAAAUGUGGACUUUGCAACGCGAAUCCAGAGGGUCCGCUUUUUGCGCAUGACAAGUUUGGGUGUCUAGUCGUGUAGUCGUGAUUGACUAGUAGUGAAGCCGCAUCACGAAUGUAGUUCCUUAUCCUGACUAGAGCAUGCCAAAGUCCCGGACAGCAUGAGAAAAUGCUGUUUAUGGGACUGCGCAUGAGAAAAAAUCAUUUGACAGGUAUGCAGAUUUGCAUGACAACUCUGGGGAGGUGGGGACGUUUUUCCACAGGAUACGGCUUCCUCGAUUCUGACGAGAGGAUUUUCAACGUUCGGGCGUGGAAUACCGUGCGAACCGAGGCACAGAUUCGUAUUCCCCGUAAGACCGUCCCCACCCCAGCGUUGUCAUGCGAGUUUGCAUGCCUACAAUAAUUCUCAUGCGUGUGGCGCUGGGUGCGGGUGUCCACUACAUGAUGAUGAUGAUGAUGAUGAUGCGUAGCCACAUGAGAGCCGUUUUCUCGUGCUGUUUUGAAAUUUGUCAUGCCAUUAUGAGCGCAAGGUGAUUAAUGUCGACUGCGGCUGCGCUAGUCGACCUGCACCACGCUACAGAUAGAAUGCGUCACUCCCAAAACUUCCGGCUUUGUGUUACAAAACCCCCAACUUGACUUUGGGAAGGUGGGGACGUUUUUAUAGAGGAUAGUUCGCCGCUACGCGUUAGCCGUCCGUGCGGACCAAAUAGACACGACCACAGGUCUGGCUUGGUGGUUCCCACUCCAGAAGAGCUUGAACUCGACCGUCAGCGCAGAAACAACUGACACAUCAGGAAUUGUUUCCUCCUUUCCAAACAUAACGGCCGUCGCUAGCACACUGGCGCAUACAAUGCUGGCAACGCAGUCUUGUGAGGCAGCAGAUUCCUGCAGCGGCUUUCUUGGGUUGCCGGAAGAGCCAGCGCGACCGUCGCAGUAUAUCACCGCAGACGAGGCGAAGCGGAAAAGCUUUCGCUACUGUGUCUACUCUGACACUAUGGAUUGCAAAUAUGUAUAUAUCUGGGUUUGGAAAGUUGUAAUGCUAAAAGUGAAUGGUAGGCGCACCGCAAACGCAAUAAGCAUUCAAGCAUUACAGAUCUCUCAAGUGCUACGUGUUGGAUACUUGGCAUGGUAAACUGUGUUUCUGCAUGACAGGUAAGAUGAACUUUUCCUGCAGCACAACAUGCGUCACAGAGUCUCGUCCUCGUGUGUGUCAUGUCCUCAGAUUUGCAUGACAAUAAAGCUAGCAAUCUUCCGGACCCAAACAACAUGUUUGCAUUUGAUAGACACCAUCCCGGACGAUUGCUGCGAUGCUGUCGCGCAAGUGCGUGACCAGUGCUACGAGAAGACGCAGGUUGUUGGUCUCUGCUCGCCCGUAUGCAUUGCAAAUAUCGGUCUGGGUCUGACAGGAUCCAAACUUGGUCUGCUAAAGAAUCUGAAUUGUGAUGAUGAAGAAACCUGUGUUGCAAGCACCGCAGAAGUUUUUACUCAUUUCUUGCCAAACAAAACCAAAAGGCAAUAAAGCUCUGAUGCGUAAAAUGCACUUGGAAUCGAAUGCAGAUAAAUUUGUUAUGCUUCUGGGUGCCUCCCCACCAUCUCUGUGAUCCACGAGAGACAUGACAAACCUCACACUCUUCCAGAUCCAGGCAUAUUUGCAUUUGAUGGGCCGUAGCAAACAGCAACGAAUUUCCGAUCUCUAUCAACUGUAAAAAUGUCUGGGUCUGGAACAUUCCGACACUUGUCAUGCACGUUUUGCAUGAGCCCUGAUGUCUGUGAUGCAUGCCCUAGCUUCACAGAUUUUUUCGGAGCUUCUUGAUGCCUAUUCCGCAUGACAAAUGCCCUCUCCGCGUAGCAAAAAUUACAUUCCUUUUGGUACUCAUGCAAUACAGAUUUUUCUGGAAUCCAAAUGCAGCAUGACAAGUUGCAUUCUUCCCGACCCAGACAUUUUUACAUUUGAUAAUCUCGGAUUGCACGCAAUAG